AUGGCGGCCUUGGAAGCAGGACAGCAAGACAGAGCGGACGAAAACGAUGAAAUUGCCUUCAAAGAUGGCGACACCGACAUCUGCCAACAGCUCAUGGACCGUUACGCCAAGUCCUCGGCCUCUCAGCACCGCCAUCUCGUCGCCACCGCCGCCGCGAUGCGCUCAAUUCUCACCUCGGAGUCUCUUCCGCCGUCUCCUCCUGCUUUCUUCGCAGCUGCUAUUUCCUCGGUGGAAUCAUCGACGGCGGACCCCACGGCGAUUUCCGCUCUGCUGACAUUCCUUUCCCUAGUAAUCCCUCUGGUUCCUCCCGGAGGGAUUUCAGCUACAAUGGCUGGAGAGGCUGUGGCUGUGCUGGUAAAACCAAUUGAAGAAGAAGGAGAUAAACUUGGGGUUGCGAGUUUGAGAGCUGGUGUCAAGUGCAUUGGGACCUUGCUCGUUGGCUUCUGCGAUUUGGAUGAUUGGGAAUCUCUUCAAGUCGGUUUUGCUUCACUUCUCAAAUUCUCCAUUGAUAAACGCCCAAAGGUUAGGAGGUGUGCUCAAGAGUGUUUGGAGAAACUAUUUGGUUCUCUCCGAUCAGCUACUGUUAUCAAGGAAGCAAGUGAUACAGUAUAUGCUUUACUUGAAGAAUACAAACCUGUCUUAUCUGAGUUAAGCUCGACAAAGAUCGAGGAAGGAUCUAAGGUUGAGUCAACGUUGAAAUCCGAGAACGCAGAGGCUGCUCAUGUGCUAAAUGUGCUCAGUGCUACAAUUCCGUUUCUCUCUGGCGAAGUUAGUUCUAGAGUUUUUUCAGAACUCUGCAGUCUUAUGGCUUCUCAAUUCUCGCCGUUGACGAGACAAAUUCUCAAAGCGAUUGAUGCUAUCUUCAAGAAUUUGGAAGAUACACUUAUUGUUCCUGAGAUAGAAGGAGUCAUAGCAUCUUUGACUAGCUAUUUAUCUUUACACGAAAAGAAUCCUGCUGACACCAUCGUGCAUGUGACCAACCUAUUAAAAAGUUCUUUGGAGAAAGCCGAGUCGGUCGAACCUACAUUAUGUCUAAAGAAACUUCCACUAGUUUGUGGGUCAUUAGCAGGCCUUCUGACUUCCACGGACGAUGUUGCAUCCCAAGCCUCAAUUAUAUUGAAAGACUUGAUCAGUAGCCACAUUGACACAAAUAGUCUUCUAACCGAGGGAAGCUUGACUUGUGGAGAUGAGGAUAACUUAACCGGUGGAGAGAAUAUAAAUGCAGCAAGAUGUGUAUGCGCCGUUUUAGAGAGUACCCUAAACUCAUGUGAUGGAAUUCCAAAAGAGCACAUUUUAUCUGUCACGGCUCUUUUGAUCGAGAAACUUGGAGAGCUUUCAUAUUUCCUUGCAAAGAAUAUCAUAGUUAAGCUUGCCGACAUGAUGAAAAGUGCAAAUGGAGAUACUUCGAGCUCAGAACAUGUUCAGCAAUGCAUUGGGUCUGCAGUGGUUGCCAUGGGGCCUGUGAGGCUACUAACACUUCUUCCUAUCACCUUUCAUGCUGAGAGUCGCUCAUGCGCAAAUGCUUGGCUUAUUCCUAUCUUAAGAAAAUAUAUCGUUGGAUCAUCACUUGAGUAUUACAUUGACCACAUUGUUUCCCUUGCACAAUCGUUGAUGCUUGCAUCUAAAGGAGAGAAAAAGUCAGCUCACGGCAAAGAGUUGCGAACCUGUAGUCAUGAGCUUCUAAGACUAUUACCUGCCUUUUGUAACUAUCCAGUUGAUGUGCCCAAAAAGUUUGGAUCGUUAGCCAAACUGAUGGUUAAAUUCAUCAAGAAAAAAUCUUUCAUGCAUGAAGCUGUGGCCCUUUCUCUACAGAUGCUUGUAAAUCAGAAUAAAAGAAUGCCUAAGCCCAGUACAGAUAUGGAUGAACCAAAAGCCAAUAUAAGUGAAGAUGCUAAACCAGAGGUUGAAAGUAGAUUUCACUAUUCGAAGAAAGCUUCAACAAAAAACACGAAGGCUUUGGCAUCAAGCUCGACAGAGUUGCUUCAAACUCUUGUCGAUGUAUUCACUGUUUCAGGCAAAGAGAUCAGUGCAGACUUCAAGUGUCAGGCUGCAAUUGGAUGCUUAGCUUCUACUCUGGAUUCUUCAGUGAGGAAAAAGAUUCUAAUUUCCUUGCUAAAUAAGUUUGAUCCUGCUGGUGAAAGCGAGAUUGAAGGGAAGGUCGAUCAGUCUAAUGAUUCAAUGGAUGAAGAAAAAGAAAACGAUAGUGCUACAAAGACACAGUUAAAGAGGAGUGCUGUGCUGGAUCUUGCAUCUUCAUUUGUUGAAGGAGCCAAAGAAGAUCUUCUAGAAUUGAUUUAUAUUCUUGUUCGCCAAAGUUUUCAGGCGACUGACGAUGCUGAUCUUCGUGGGGCGUAUGAUACUCUGAGCAAAGUUCUAGAGGAACAUAGUGGGUUUUGUUCAUCACAUUUUGCAGAGGUGAUAGAGAUGUUACUCCGCCAUAAAACUCCGGAGGAUGCGUCAUCUGCUGAAAGUCGAUUUGCAUGUUUCCACGUUCUUAUGGCGCAUGGAAUUCAGUCAAGCUCCGAGGAGGACAAUGAGAAGGCUUUCCUUAUCCUGAACGAGAUGAUCCUGACUCUUAAAGAUGGGAAAGAAGAACAUAGGAAAUCAGCUUGUGAUGCACUGGUUAUGGUAUAUACCACCUUAAAAAAUUCGUCAUCUGACACCGGUGAUGAGCUUUGUCCCAAAUUUAUUAACAUGAUAUCGGGUUAUAUUUCUGGAUCAUCGCCGCACAUAAGAAGUGGAGCAGUGUCUGCGUUAUCUGUCUUGAUAUACAAAGACCCUGAGAUCUGCCUAUCGUCACCAGAGCUUCUUUCCUCUGUUUUAUCAUUGCUUCACACCAAAUCCAUUGAGAUCAUAAAAGCUGUUUUGGGUUUCGUGAAAGUUUUAGUCUCUACAUCGGAAGCUCAGGACUUGCAGAGCCUACUACAGAACCUCUUAUUUGAAAUUCUCCCCUGGUCGUCUGUUUCAAGACAUUACUUUAGAUCAAAGGUAACGAUCAUUGUUGAGAUUAUGGUAAGGAAGUGUGGCACCCGCGCAGUCCAAUUAGCCACGCCAGAGAAGUACAAGAGUUUCAUCCAGACAGUUUUAGAGAACCGUUCGGCGAAAUCAAAAGACAAAGAAGAAACCAAUGAUUCACAGACUACAUCCAUAGACCACUCAUCAAAACACACCUGCUUCCGACGUAAACAGAAGCAGAACAACAGGACCACAGCGCCCUGGUGCUAA